CAACUCUAUUCUGAGAGCGACAGCGGUGCAAAAGCAAAAUCAACGCGCUAAAUAAAAUAUUAUUGGCCGGAUAUUUAGCAGAUUGUUAUAUAUUUAGAAAGCGCAAACGUUUUUAUCAUAAAAUGAGUUACGCUGCAGAUGUAUUAAAUGCUGCCCAUCUUGAGCUGCACGGCGGUGGCGACGCCGAGUUGCGUCGCCCCUUCGACCCAACUGCCCACGACUUGGAUGCAUCUUUUCGCCUGACACGUUUCGCCGAUUUGAAAGGACGCGGCUGCAAAGUGCCUCAGGAGGUUCUCUCAAAACUCGUCUCGGCUCUGCAGCAGGACUACUCCGCCCAGGACCAGGAAGCUCAGUUCCUUAACGUUGCCAUUCCCCGCAUUGGCAUUGGCCUCGACUGUGCCGUCAUCCCAUUGCGUCACGGCGGCCUUUGCCUGGUGCAGACCACUGACUUCUUCUAUCCCAUUGUUGACGAUCCCUACAUGAUGGGCAAAAUCGCUUGCGCCAAUGUGCUCAGCGAUUUGUACGCCAUGGGCGUAACCGAUUGUGACAAUAUGCUAAUGCUUCUGGCCGUCAGCACAAAGAUGACGGAAAAGGAACGUGAUGUCGUCAUACCUCUGAUAAUGCGCGGCUUCAAGGACUCCGCCUUGGAGGCGGGAACCACUGUGACUGGCGGCCAGAGUGUUGUCAAUCCCUGGUGCACCAUUGGAGGCGUUGCCUCAACCAUUUGUCAACCCAAUGAGUACAUAGUUCCGGACAACGCUGUUGUUGGUGAUGUCCUGGUGCUCACCAAACCCCUGGGCACCCAGGUGGCUGUAAACGCACAUCAGUGGAUCGAUCAGCCAGAGCGCUGGAACCGCAUUAAGCUAGUUGUCUCCGAGGAGGAUGUCCGCAAGGCCUAUCAUCGUGCCAUGAACUCCAUGUCGCGCUUGAACCGAGUCGCCGCUCGUCUCAUGCACAAGUACAAUGCACAUGGCGCCACCGAUAUAACCGGUUUUGGACUCCUGGGUCAUGCACAAACUCUGGCUGCUCACCAGAAGAAGGAUGUCUCCUUUGUCAUACACAAUCUUCCAGUGAUUGCCAAGAUGGCAGCUGUGGCCAAGGCCUGCGGCAAUAUGUUCCAACUGCUACAGGGCCAUUCAGCUGAAACUUCAGGAGGUUUGCUCAUCUGUUUGCCAAGAGAACAGGCGGCGGCUUACUGCAAGGACAUUGAGAAACAGGAGGGCUACCAGGCCUGGAUUAUUGGCAUUGUAGAGAAGGGCAAUAAGACGGCACGCAUCAUUGACAAGCCACGCGUCAUUGAGGUGCCAGCCAAGGAUUAGAUUCUGUUUAUCAUUUAUUAAUUUAAACUGCAUACAAGCUCUCAGUUAUAACGCAAAUAUGAGUGAACUAAGUUACCGUUUUUUUGUAAAAGCAACAGCUUGACUACAUACAUACAUUAAUAACAAUUUUUGAUCUUUCAUGAAACCUAUGGACACCGCUAAGUAUAUAACGAAUGAAUAAAAAAGAUCACUUGACUUUUGUCUCGAACAAAUGCAAA